UUGAAGUCAAGCCUACUGCCUUUUUGGCAAUCUGGACCCUAUUGAGUAUUGUUGCAAUCUUUGCAAUAAUGUUUGUCUACUAAACAAUUACUUUUAAAAUGCUUUGACCACAGAUGAGAAUGGAGGCAGUUUGCAUAGUGCUUCUCCUCAUUACCCUGACCAAAACAUGUUGUGCAAUAGAUGUCACUGAAUUUGCCCCUGCAGCUGGUUGUAAAAGCUUUUCAAAACACAUUAUGGCCUUGUUUUUGAAGAUAAAUAUUGGCUCAUAUGUGCUCAUCUGUUUUGCAUUAAAAUAAUAGAUUACUGCCACUCAUUGUGGUUGGCUCUUUUAAACAAAGUAGAAUACAAUUUAUUUAUCCAUCCAAUAUAUCAGGGUGGAAACAACGACAGUAUAUUCAGGCCAUUUUACAUUAUCAACAGUGGACUGUAAAGUAUAGAGAUUUCAUGGUUGCUAUAGACAAAGAGAAAACAAAGUGGUUUGCAGAUGGCUCAAAUGUACUGCUUGCUUAUCAUUAAACAAUGCUAAUUAUGUUCAUGCCAGACACAGGUGGAAUUGUCUAUCAAGACAGUCAACCCAGGAAACACUAUAUAUAGGCCUAAAGUCCCACCAUUCUCUACUCAUAAUAGAGGUGAUAUUUCACAGGAAGGGUUUAAAAUGGAGCCAAUCCAGUGGCUGUGUGAGCAGCAUCCAUUUCUGAUGUACCAAUGUUUUUCCAUUCCCUUUGCUUUUCUAUUCUACGUCUUGGCUAAACAGGGAUGUCUCUCUUUGACAUACAGGUCUGUAUUAUAUAUUUUAUACUUCUAUUGUAGUAUUAAGUUGAAGAUCAGGACUAUUUAAAAAAAUAUAUAUAAUAAUUUUCAACUAAGGUCAGACCAAUUAUAAUUUACUUUUAGUAUACACACACACUUGUUCAUACAAAUUGUUUAUCCACUGGUUAAUCCACACUUGCUAAUUCCAAAUGGAGGUUUCAACAAAGGAUUUCAAUCAAACUUCUUAUUUUGGUUGAGCGGUAGGAGGUAUAACACUGGUCUUGACAGGUACCUCUUCUUGGCAUCCGGAGGCUGUAUACUAGCAGUUGUCACCAUGGGUGUAUACAGCUUGCUUCUGCUCGUCUCCACUGUGAUCUUUGUGCUGCUGGUGUGUUCACUGAGCCCAGAGCGUGUCCAUCCAUGGGUCUUUGGACUGCAGAUGGGUUGGCAAACAUUCUGGCACCUGCUCAUACAGUACAGAGAAUACUACCUCAAUGAGCCCACUGAUUCCAGGCUUCUCCUAUCAGUGUCCUCCUUGAUGCUACUCACCCAGAGAGUCACCUCCGUGUCAAUGGACCUACAGGACGGGGGCAGGGUGACAUUAAUGAUCCAAUGCCGGGUCUUUCUCCCACUCAUCAGCUAUGCACUAAACUUCACUGCCUUGCUCGGCGGACCCCUGUCCUCGUUUGACCAAUUUGUAUAUUUUGUAGAGCAGAUAACCAUCAGCCCUCCUCCCCAGCCUCUGUCCGUUAUAUCCUACAAGGGCUUUCAGGUGUUAUCUCUGGAGUGGGCUAGGAACUCUCUCACUCGUCUCCUCAGAGACAAUGCCUCCAGUUUGUCCGUCUCCAACAACGUCCUCACCGAUGUCUUGUGGAUAUGGGGCCUUGCUGUGGUGUUGAGGAUCAGAUACUACUCCCACUGGAAGAUCAGUGAGUGUCUGAAUAAUGCUGCUGGGCUUGGGUUCAGAGGGAUGGUCAAGGAGGACAGCCCAAACUGGAGCGGCCUGUCUGACGGUGAUCUUUGGACCACAGAGAUGUCCUGCCAGGUGUCCGAAUUUGCCCGUCGGUGGAAUGGUACGACAGCUACAUGGCUACGUAGGCUGGUUUUCCAAAGAUGCAAAACCGCUCCGCUGGUAAUGACAUUUGGGUUUUCAAUCUGGUGGCAUGGCAUACAUCUGGGUCAGUUUGUAGGUUUUCUUGUCUGGGCUGCAGCUGUGAGAGCAGACUACCAGAUACACAAGUACUUGAAACCAAAGCUCACGUCUACUAGGAGGAGAUUGGUGCGCACCUGUCUGUGUUGGUUAAACACUCAAAUGGUCAUGGCGUGUGUUGUUAUUGCAAUCGAGCUUCGAAGCACUUCCUCUUUGAGAAUAUUGGGUCUGACAUACACUGGCGUUUUUCCUCUUCUUAAUGUUCUAUUUAUCUUCAUUGUAUGAUAAGAUCAAGAGUAAUAUCAUCUGGGUUUUUAAAUGUUGCUGUAAAAUCAAUUAGUUGGCGUUAUUCAUAGUCAUUGACACAAAGCACACUUCUAUUCUUGCUUGUUUUGGAGGACUGAAGGGGGAGCUAUCGUGUUCUGGUAGAGUGCAACCAUCUGAUUAUUUUGGACCAAUUGUUAUCUUAUUUACAGAACAGUAUACCUUGUUGAAUGCAUCUACCAGCUGAGGGUCAGUGUAGAUUUGUAGAAACUUAAUGAUUU